GUGCAGGAAUCAGAGAGGAAGGGGGAGCAGCAGAGAGGUAGGGAUAUAUCUUAUCUUGCAUAUUUUAUAGAGGAUCUUUUGCUUUUUACGAUUAAAUAUUUUACCUUAAUUUCCUGCAAUGGCUUUUAGAGCAUUUACACAAACGAAGGUUUAUGAAAAGCAAGCAGCCCCAAAGGAAAAGGACAAAAGCAGCAUCCAGUGUAUUGAAUGCUUUGACAGAAAUGUGUACAUAGGGACUAAAGAUGCAACAGUCCAGCAUCUCAUCCUCCAAAGUAACGCGAAUAGAGAGCAGAUAUUAACCAGAGAAGGUAAGGUGAGGAAACUCGGCUCAAGCAACCAGGUCGUCCAGCUGCGGGCGAUCCCACUUCUCAACCAUCUGCUGGUUCUGUGGGACCGAAGCGUCACGGCCCUCAACAUGUUCUCCUUAGAGCCGGUUCCUGCUCUCAAGAAGAUCCAGUACGUGUCUUUGUUUGAAGUGAGAAACGUCUCCCUAGCACCAGAGGAAACUUCUGUGGAGAUGGUCACUUCCUCCAGCCGCAGAAAGGUGAUCCGGAUCCAUGUGGUGGGCGUCGACAAGUGGGAGAUUAUAAAGGAAGUCCCUCUCCUGCAGGAACCGGUGGCGUUGGCGGUUGAUGGUGAUAAUCUGUGUAUAGGAACAAGCGACAGGUAUCUACUCUGCGAUGUGACAACUGGGAGGAGUCAGGAGCUUUUCCGUCACGCUCACAGCAAACAGCGCGUCUUUGUUGCACCAGCCGGACGAGGGGAAUACCUCCUGAAUGGGCCUGAAUCUUUAGGUGAGUGCUCCAAGAAGUUAAUCCGUAUUUUCUAUGCAGGCUGUCAAGAAGAAGAAGAAGAAGUCUCAUUGUGUCACUUUCUUCCAAACCAUCUUGUUUCAGUCCCACAUUUAUCAAUCUAGCCAAAGGAUAUUUGCUCAGACAAUCUAUCAUGUCUCCACCCUCACCCUUCAGGCAUGUUUGUGAUGAAGACGGGGAUCUGCCAGCGCCCUCCCCUACAGUGGCCUCAGGAGGUGCUGGCAGCUCAAGUGUGUUUCCCCUACAUCAUAACCCUGCAGCCUCAAGUGCUGUCUGUGUACAGUGUGCUAGAUCAGCAGCACAAACAGACUGUGAGCCUCAGUGGAGCCAAGGGUCUGCUCUCAACAUCAGGUACACCAGGCAGCAUCCAUUCAUCACCUAAUCCUGCCAGAUUGCAGACGGAGAGCCUGUCGAACUGUGGUUUUUUGUUUAGAGAGACAGAAAGAGCUUUUGUCUGUCUCGGUUUGCACUGAUUCAGUCAAUCAUUCUUGCACCCACUGUUCGUCACACUUGUUUCUGUAAAAAAAAACAACAACAAAUAUCCCCUCAGAUGGCGUGUUAGUGUUCACGGAGACAGACAUUUUCAGCCUGCGUUUGGUGCCGUUUGAAGAGCAGAUCCACGCUCUUGUGAGGCUUGAGAGGGUUGAGGAGGCCUUAACGCUGCUGGAUGGAGUUCAAGGUUAUCGCCCACUCGACUCGCACAAGGUGACAUGUAAUUUAUAGACGCAUGAAAGGUUGCAAACAUGCCCUGGCUUUGAAAUUGAGGUUUGUGACAAACACAAGCUGGAGGAUUACUGGCAAAGGCCUAUUUAUAGUCCUCCGCUUUUUUCCAGUUUAAACUACAGGAAAUUGAGCGAGCACGAAAGUAAAUAAACAAAUAAAAACCUGCACCACUAUUGUCCAUCACAAACUAUCUUCAGUAACUCAAAACUCAACUUUCCUGCAUUGAAGGUUUUUCUUUUUGUAGCCGUUAAACUCAUUAUUAUAGCACAGAAAUGUUAAAACAUCAUAGAAAGUAAGUAUAUAGAGAGGUUAACAAGGUUUUAAUCAUGUUCGCAGCUCUGUUCGUCAAACAGUCAGAGCCGGCUGAUAUUAAACAAUUACUGUUUCUGUAGUAUCUAUGGUUUAGCAUGUUAGCAUUAACGCAAACCAUGCAGCUGCAGCGAAACAUAACACAGCUAAACCUAAAAAGUUUUCUGUUGGCUGAAAGAGACACGGUGUGUUUUCGGUUUAGUAAAUUUUCAGUCACAAACUAUUAGACAAAUUAAAAUCCUGACCUUUUGAUACUGAACGAUCAAAGCGUGGGGAUUAAUCACAGCUGAUCCUGAUGGACUUGAAUGGCUGUGCCACUGUUUUGGAAAUUUUAACAGUAAUAUUCAUUUAAAGGUUGAAAUAAAAGGUCUGGUCAUGGAUGUGUUAGGAUUUGUUUCUGCAAACCUAAAAUAUGUGCUGAGAUUUUAUCCUUUUUAUCUUUUGUUUUUUCACUAUUACGAAUAAUUUUGACCUGCUGUUGCCACUUAAGAAAAAAUAAAACAGGUUUUAGUCACUGGGCCUCAUGAAUGUGUAAACUCUGGUCCAGCUAAUCAAUGAAUUGAAUUAAAUUAAAUUAAAUUCAUUAAAACGAUGGACUGACUAAUAAAGCGGACUGUCCCAGAGUGCAUUCAUUAAAAAAAAGAACAUCUUAUUUUCAAUGAGAAAACAUUCAGCAUUAAUUUUACUAUUUAGCAGACACGCUCACACACCGAUGCGUGGAUAAUAUACGUACAUCACAGCCUCGUGCGGCCCCACGUUGUAGUGUCUGUCUUCAAUAAUUCAUCACUGUUGUGAGCUGCUACAUUUUAUGCAGUUGGAUGACUAGAGCUGAGGACAGCAGAUGGUGUGAGAGAUUUAGUGUCGUUUGUGGCUCAUAUCAGGUCACACUGUAGAGGUGAUGAUGAUGACAGAAUGAACAUGCUGAUGAGUCAGUGCUUGUUUGUUAUGGUUGGUUGUGUUCGCCUUCUCCGCUUUAGUGAUAAGCUCUUAUAUUGUUGCGUUACUGAUGUUCAUGCUCUCAUUACCUGGAGUAAAAACGUCCUAUUUUUUCAACCGACAGGAGCUGCAGAGAGCCAUCACUUGCCUGGCUGGAUUUGUUCAUUAUCAUCAGGAGGGUUUCGCUGAGGCCAAAGAUCUGUUCAUGUGAGAAAACACAGCCCUUUACAGAGCGCUACAAAUCUCAGACUUUCUAAAUAAAUCUCAACUAGCAGUGUGAAUUUUGUGAAUAGUGGCUCUUCCCCGCUGAAAUCUACUCUAGAGUCUAACAAAUCAAUACUCACUCCAACAGUAAAGGUGAGCUGGACCCCAGAGAAAUCAUCCGCCUCUACCCUGACAUACAGUCUGGCCUGUGCGAGGACUUUGAAUCCCAGCUUGAUCAAGCGAGCAAGGCCAGGGAUCUGCAGGUGCUCUGGCAUGAGGACAGAAACACAUUUCAUCAUUACCUGCUCUUCCUGAGAGACUUUCUCAGAGCAGUCAGGGGGACAGAGCGAGGCCGGGAGUGCGGUACGGAGGUAGACUGCGCCCUCCUGAGGCUGUACGUAGAACUGGAGGACACUGAAAAUCUGCAGCAGCUUGUAGCUUUCUCCAACCAGUGCAAGCUGGAUCAUUGUGUUCCUUAUCUGGAGCAACACAACAGGUGACGACAACAAAUAGUGAUAUAUUUUAAAAUGGAUGCGACAAGGAGAAGAAAAUGCUGUAUUUUAAUUAUUCUGAUUGGUUAAAUUUGUUAUCUUAUCCUUUUUGUCCUCCAGAUUUUUUGCAUUAGGCUCCCUCUAUCAAAACCAUGGUAAUCACUCUGAUGCCCUAAAGGUAUUACUUCCUAAAAUACUGCAUACUUCAACAAAAAUGAUCAUGCUCAACAGAGAAAUUAUUUUUAGCCUCUUGUUUUCUCUUAGACUUGGGUGAAAAUCGCGGAUGGCGUCCACGAAGACUCCUUCUGCUCUGAUGUUUAUGGACACAUCAUUUGGACUCUCAGUCAGUUACAAGACAUUGAUGUUGUGUGGCAGUUUGCGGACUGGAGUCUGCAAAACAACCAGAAGGUGUCUUUUUAAAAUGAUCUCUAUGUUCUCUGCCUGACUGUAGAGGGCAGAGUUGCACAGAACAACUCAAUUGCAGCCAAAUAAAUGAAUAAAUUGCAUAACUUAUGAGAUAUAAUCAUGAUUAAAUCAGUUUUCCUUUAUUUAAAAAUAGAGGGGUGUGCAGAUCUUCAUCAGGCGGCCACCAGAUGCUCCAUUAGAGACACAGAGAGUCCUUGUUUUCUUGGAGAAGUACCCGCUGGCGUUGCUUUUGUAUCUCGAGUUCUUAGUUCAUGAAUUGAAGAGUGAGGUGGGAACAGCAGCAUCUUUCUUAUCUAAUUACCUGACUCCUUUAUUUAAUGCAUGUAGGCAUGAUCUGUGUCAUUUGCCCUCAGGAGGAGAGACACCAUAACCGUCUGGCCCUGGCAUAUGUUACUAAGAUGCUGCAGGAGGAAGACGAAGAUGCAGAUUUGAUAGAGAUCAGAGGGAAGCUGCAGCAGCUGCUUUGGGAAUCUGAGUGUCUUGACGUCUCUGUCGUGCACGGUGCGUGGACGCUUGUGAGGAAUUUAAUAAAGGCCAAUUCUACUAUAUCCUAAGAUUUGUCUUUACUCUCAUUGCAGAGAGAUUAAAAUCUACAACCCUGCAUGAAGAGAGAGCCAUCCUCCUCGGGAGAGCUGGUGAGCACGCUCAGGCGCUGCAGGUCCUCGUUCACCAGAAGCAAGACCUCCAGGCUGCACAGGCCUUCUGCUGCAGGGCCACUAAAAACCAGAGUUCACAGUUCUAUCGGACCCUCCUGCUCACCCUGCUCCAAAUCUACCUGAGCUCCACAGAUCUCACCAAUGCCGCCGUGGAUCUGCUAAAUGACAACCCGCAGGUUUUUGAAGCAGAGACGGUCCUCCAGCUCCUGCCUGAGUCCUGGUCUGUCCAGCUGCUCUCCCAGUUUUUAGUCUGCUCUCUCAGAGCCACCUUCCACCGGAGGCGGAUGGCAAGGCUGCAGAUGGCUCUGAGCCAGGCGGAGCUCGUGCGGCACAAGGUCAUCUGGGUGAGUCCAAGAAGAUAUUAUAUGCAAUUUUCAUGUUUGAACAUUUUGCGUAUUUUGGUUUCCUUUUUUUUUUACUCUCCUCCGCAGAUGCAAACCGCAAAAACAAAGGUCAGUCUGGACAAGGAGCAGAGGUGUAAGGGUUGUCAAGGGGACUUUGCUGAGCCGCAGUUUGCCUGUAACCUCCAAGGUGAAAUGAUGCACACCAAGUGUACUGACCCCGCAUCUCUGUAAAUACACAGAUGGACCGAACUGUACUGUGUUUAUGCAAACGUAAAUGUGUGCGUCUGGCUCCUACCCAAUCAUUUCUCUAGAUUAGACUGGACAAGGACUGAAUUCAAGGACUUUGGACCAGACACUUUCCCUAAUUAGAAUAAAGAAAAUACAUUGUGUAAAUAACAGGUUUCUAAAACAGCAAAAAGAGCGAGCGGUGCACUUUUCCAGAACGGCAUGUCUGAGCUGUUUCCUACAGACACACUGUGGACAGCAGUAGCUAUAAAGUGAAUUGUGGAGGACACUCAGGGGCAUGUGUUGACUGAUCAGACGGUGCUGUUUUACAUGGAGACCAACUGUGGUCAACUUGAUGACCCUGGAGAAACUGGCCAUCCUCCAUCGCUGUAUAUAUGCAUCUCCACCAUCCUGCUUUCCACUGACGGUGUAUAUUUGUCUGCAAAAUGCUCGAAAUAGCAAGUCUACUGAGAAGCUGCACGAGAGGCUUUUUUUAUGCAUUAAAAUACAUUUACGACCCCUGAAAAUAAUCACAAUUACAGGUUUAAAACUGAAAAGCAAACAGGUUAGGGAAGGGCAGAGUUUGGGGUCAUUCCAGUUAAUUUUGUACGCAACCAAAUUAGGCACUUUUCCUUGUAAUAUUAGGGUAAAUGACAGAUGCACGGUGUAAAUCGUGUAAAUAAGCUUAAACACAUACAAUUAAGUUUGACGACACUGGAACUGUACUUAUUUCUGCUGUAAUUUAGUCAUUAAGGCUGUGAGUAUUUCUUCAUCCUGAUGCAUUUUGGGACAGGACUAACGGAGACGCCUAAAUGAGCAGGAACAGUAGCAGGAUUUGGCUCCAGUCAGUGGAAGUUUUUGGCCCAGGGUGAGCGACUAAUUGCACCGUAGAUAAAUCGAGGAUCUCGAGCCUGCUGGAAAGGAUUAUCGCUUUGUGAUGCCUGUGCCAAAAUUUCCUCUGUUUUCAGUCCUAAUGAGGUUUUUGUUGGAGUUCUCACUGAGGGUCUGAGCGUUGUGCAUUUAAUGUUUCAACUAAUGCGAGGGUGUCAUGAGGCCCUUCAAGGCUAGAACUACAAUAAUAGGCUGAAAGAUUACACCUGGCUUAAGCUUGACAUGAAAUGUCUCGCUUUGAUUGUAUAAAUUCAACCUCUGACUCAGGUACAUGAGCUGAAUUAUAUCCCAGAAAACUACAGGGUUAGUUUUUUGUGUGGUUAGAGAACAAACGCCACGUCCACUCCUCCGUGCCAGCAUGUUAACUUGUUACCUAGUCCUUGUUUAGUUUAGUUUCAUUAGACAGGAAUACAAGAGGAACUAUAUUAAUACCAGAGGAUGUUUUUUUUUUUUUUUCUGGUUGUAAAGUUCGAUAAUUGUGGAUCGUUAACAGAAUAAUAUCUUUAAAAAUCAUCAGUCUGAAUUUUUCAAUGAUAAUCGUCCAAAAAGAGGAAAAACACAAAAACGAAAGUUCAUCCUGUUGCAGGUUUCAGGAAUUGUGUGUUUGUGCCUCUGCUCUGUGAUUGGCUAAUGUCUGGGCCGUGCCCCGUGACCAGGGACUUAUGGGUGGAUCUGAGGUCAAAAUGAUGUCCACUCCUCUCCUCUCCUCUCCUCCUCUUUUCAAGCUUCCUUUGGGAGCAUUUAUGAUGUUUAAAACACCUGAGGUUACGCCGCUCCUCAAAUAUGUUUCUCCCAUCUUUGAUCCCGACCAAAGUAAGCAAAAGGUAAAAAUACUCAAAACAAGGACUGUAGAGGCACGGCUCCUUCUCCUUCUGACUAAAUUCAGAAUCACUGGACGCUGUCUGGUGCAUUAAAGUAUGUUUUCAACACUUUUUUGUUUUAAAAGCACCCCCUGUUAUGGGAUAUUAUAGGCUGAUAUUUUAUUUUCUGUUAAAAGAAAGAGAUUUCUCACACAAGAGGAGAACUUCUGGAGGAAGUAUGGAGAGAUGUCCAGACGCUGGACUCUGGUUAUAAAUACCCGUGCCACCACAGACGGGGUGCAAAGAAGGAAAACAAGAACAUUCUCUUCCUGUACUUUUCUAAAUAUAAGAAAAAUAGUCGUCUGUUCGGACUUCAGGGUGUUUACAUGUUUGCUUUGUUUUACAUGAACCAGAAAACACUUAUAUAGAGAUGUAUAUACGACUUAAUUACGUGUAUGUUUUAUCCAGUCGUGAUCUCCAGGUCAUGUCAGAACACGGGGCCGUGCUGCACGUAAACCUUUUCUGAUUUUAUGAGAGUCUUUUGACUUUGCUAAUGCAAAUCAUACUUACUCUUAUUAUUGGGAACAACAAUUUUAUAUCCGCUCUGACUUUAGUGUAUAAUAUUUUGAGUGAUUCUGAACCUAAAUAAAGCGGUUUGGAUUCUUUCAUUUUAAGUUUUUUAUAUCUAUGUGUUCUGAAAAAGAACUUUCUACACAAAUAAAUCUCAGAUAUCAUAUCCAGAUAAUCACAAAAUCUAAAUUUUGGCAGGAUGAAAAGCUUUCUGGAGUUGAAACAACAUUUUCAGGGGGAUAUUUAAUACAGAAAAGGUCAACGCUGACACAGUAAAGGUACAAAAACGCCUUAUUUCCGCAAGCAGGACAUCUGUGUCACACUAUGACAGUUUAUGAAACACAUGCUGUCCCAGGAUAAGAGAAAGUCACAUCAGGUACCACACCAAAUAAAACCAAUGGCAGAAAUGAAUACACAAUGCUUCUCUGUGCAUCAUGCAUCAUAUUUAUAGUCAAAGCCACAAAUUACUGUAUCAUGUCCCUCAUGACGCAUUUUUCAGUCUCUCAGUGGUCCCACAGAGACAAGGAGAAUCUUAAUUUGCAGCCUUUUGGUAGCAAUAAUAGUAAGGUAGCAGAAAACCUUAAAGGAUUGAACUUUAAUUUCUACUUUUCUCAGCAAAACUAAUUCUAUAGAUAUAACGGAAUAAGUAUGGGAAUAAAUAGCCAAAGAGGAUGAUCAAAACGGGUCUUUUUUUAACUCCCAAAGCAACGCUCUCAUUUUCAUGGUUUGCUACCUUGGGGUUUGGCAAAGUGCCACUGGGAGAAAUGUGAAGGGUGGCCCGCUGGAGACACACAGGGCAGAGACAGUGACCACAGACACCCACCCUGCCCUGCUGCUGCACGGAGACUUUCCCUAUAUACAUUAGGCUUUAUGGUACAGAGAGUCAAACCCAGUCGACAGGCCUCAUACUGUUCUCUGUUUGGACUCCAGUUUGUUUCCUCCUCAGGAUAUUCUGGGUGAAGAUUUGAUUUGUUUAUUUUACCACUUUCAGGAUGAUUAUCUUCUCUGCAAAAACAUUAUUUCCUGUUAAUCUGUUUCCCUACAGCCCAAUCGUAUAAUUAUAAAUAUGGGCAAGUGGCUUUGGGAGUGAACGUAAGUUAUUCAAGGAAAGGGGUGGCGAAGUACAUGUGUCUGGUCAUUUUUUUUGUCUUUCCCUGUACUUCUACAUCACUGCAAAAAAGGAGGUCCGCACAAGUACAUACAACUGAUUUAUCUCAUGUGUCCCUCGAUAGGCUGAUUGGAA